AGUUGCGGCGGUUUGGAAAGGCAGACCGGCAGCCAUAUUGCGUUUCGUGUAUAUCUUUUCUUUUUAAUUUUUCUUUCCUGCUUGGCUGAGGCCUUCCCACAUCAACAAAGCGUGGGCCUGACGUCGUAGCUUUCCAAAUAUGCAGCUGGAGUUAGAUCAGGUUUGAAUGAGCGAGCGAGGAGCCUAUUUGGUUACGCCCACCGUAGAUAGUGUAGCUGUAGAAGACCCGGAACGCAGCGAUGGAGAACGGAAUGAUCGAAAUCGCACGGACGCGCAGUGACGCGGUAGCGCAGCUCUUCUUUAACGGAAGCCUCGUAACUAGAAAAUGAAAUAUCCCCGGACACACAUCCUGAGACCGCGUCGCCUCCACGGCAUUUUCUCUCAUAUCGGAGGAUUUGAAGCCGUGCAGGAUGCUGGAGAUGGGCCAGAUGGCGUUCACGCACCGCCGCCCUGAGGUCACCUCGGUGGUGGAUGGGCCCACAAACUCCCACUUGAAGAUGGCCGCUCCCGCAGUCGCUACGGCCAGUGACGCAGCACCCAGCUCCCUCGACCUGACGCAAGAAGAGCACCGGCGCCGUACCUUUGACAGCUGGCCCCAGGUGUCUCCGACCAUGGCCCUGAAGCUGGCGCGUGCGGGGUUCUACCACGUGGGGCGAGGCCGCACCCGGUGCUUCAGCUGCGGCACGGAGUGCGGGGACUGGCGGGAGACGCAGGGGGCGGUGGAGCGGCACCGCACGCUGUCGCCCGACUGCGCCUUCCUGCGCUCAAUGCUGGGGCGCUCGACGUCGGAGCCGGACGAGGCGCUGCUCAAGCGGUCGGCGGCCCACCGGCUGCGCACUUUCGCCCGCUGGCCGCUGGACUUCCUGGACCCUACGGACCUGGCCAGGGCCGGUUUCUACUACCUCCAACAGGACGACAGGGUGCGUUGUGCCUUCUGCCGGGGCACGAUCCACAACUGGGAGCGUGGGGACGACCCGCUGGUGGAGCACGGGCGCCAUUUCCCCUGCUGCCCGUUCCUGCUGGACCCCUCGCUGGAGGAGGGCCAGGACGAGUGCGGCCGCUCCUGGAGGGAGCAGCGCUCGCACUCCGAACGGGGGCCCGCGCCCCCGGUUGAGGGGGGCCACAGUGCAGAUUCCCCGCUGUCCCUGCUGGGCAUCACGCCCCACGUGGGGCCCAAGCACCCCGCCCAGGCCUCCCCGGACGCGCGGCUGCGCUCCUUCGCCAAGUGGCCCCUGGCGUCACCCCUCCGGCCCCCCGACCUGGUCAAGGCGGGCUUCUUCUACAUUGGCAUCCUGGACUACACCAAGUGCUUCCACUGCGACGGGGGCCUGUGCAACUGGGAGCGGGGGGACGACCCCUGGGAGGAGCAUGCCCGCUGGUUCCCCAAGUGCCAGUUCGUCCUGCUGUCCAAGGGGGACGCCUUUGUGAGGGACAGCGUGCAGAAGCACCUCGAACACAUGAGCCAGGUGGCACGUAGUGGCAGUGCGGCCCUGGCGGAGCACGGGGCCCAGCCGGGCAUGGAGACAGAGGUGGCGGCCUUGCUUCGCUCUGGAGACGUGCAGUUCUACGUGGACCAGGGGGUGGACCGGGAAACACUGCGGGUGGCCCUGCUGGCGCACGUGCAGCGCCAGCAGCGGGGCUUCAGCAGCCGGGACGAGCUCAUCCAGGUCCUGGCCAGCCUCUUCUCCCUCCACCGCAGGCAACCAGAAGCAGCCGUGAGCAGUACCGCUGACUUUCACCAGCCCUCCUCCGGAGCCGCCGAACCGGCCAGUGAGCAGCCUGCCGCAAAAGAGGAGCCUCCGAGGACGCCACAAAGCGCCGAAGGGCCGGCCCACGACCCGGAGGAGCUGCAGCUAGAAAACCUCCGCCUGAAAGAGCAGCGCCUGUGCAAGAUCUGCCUGGACGCCGAGGUGGGCGUCGUGUUCCUGCCUUGCGGCCACCUGGUGGCCUGCCCCGCCUGCGCCGCCUCCAUCAAGGACUGUCCCGUCUGCCGCAAGACCAUCGUCGGCGCCGUGCGGACGUUCCUCUCCUGAGUGCCGCCGUUUGGGCUGGCCUACGGAAUCAGACGGUCGGGACGCGGCCGGCUACGAGAUGGCCAAAAGGCUGCACACCGUGCCGUGAGAGGCGCGGAUGCGCGGCUUUGGAAGGCAGCUCGGCGUGCACAACGGUCCAAGGGACUACCGCGCCCGGCACGCUCGAGACGUAACGACGGUGACUGUCGCGACGUCGUUCGUUGACACUUUGAGACCACGUUUGAUGCGUGGGCAAUGUAAGACGCCAAACGUGCCAAGCGAACGUUCCGGGCACCGUAGCAGGACUGUGCUGCCUUCCAAUGUGCUUUCCAAAGCUAGUUGCCUCUGGCGCACUUCACGCGGUGUGCGAGGAGUUGCACCGUACUGCAAGGAGCAGUCGACCUUGUGGAACGUUCUUAGUCGCGUUCCGGGCGGGGUUCGAACAGACGGGAUUUUCUGGCACCAUCCCCUCCAGAAGGCGCGAUUGUCCCCUUUUAAUUUGAUGUCUCGCGUCCGUACUGUCGGGUUCGAAUGAAAUGCGAACGGCAAUGCAACUUCCGGCGCAAUGCUGGCGCGGCGUGGAAGCGCGGGUUUUGCCGGGUGAGGCUCAAAUGUGUCAAAGUAAGAGCGCACCUUUGCGGCGCCCUGUUCUCCAAUCCACAGUUCUGCCGGUUUCGAGAGGCCUCCGGGAUGUGCCGAAUUUGUCGACAGCCACACGCUCCAGUGUUCGCAUUUCAUCCGAACCCGGCAGUUCACGUUUUUAAGUCCGCAUACUUUUAUUGCACAUUUUGAGUGGCCGGGGUGGCACGAGUUUUGUUGUAAAGACAGUUGCUCCGCAAGUUCUGGUGUAAGUAGAUUUCAAAUUUUUAAUUCGUCCUGUAAAGCGUAUCGUGGCACAGACUAUUUAGCCCUGUAUUUGCAUAAUUUACCAUGUUAGUACUGAACCCUGAACGACUUAGUAACAAUGUUGUCUUCUUUGUAACGUAGCUCGAAGUUGCGGUCUAGUUAAAGUGUAGGCUCUACGCGGCACUUACGUUUCAUUGUUUCGUGGUGUCCGUGUUGGUUCUUCCAUGCUUGUGGGAAGCAAAAGCUCUCUAUAGUGAGGACUGAUGUAGUAAAAGAUCAUUUGUGGUUUACUCGUAAUAAGAGGUACUGAUGUGGUGAAGGUUUUUCUGGAGAAGCCAAUUUUUGUACAGAGGGGUUCUACUGCAUCUGCUAAAAGUUGCUGCAAGUUCCUUUGUGGGUGUUUUUCAUUUAUUUAGUGUAUUAGGAAUCAUUUAGUGUGUAUAUAUCGUAGCUGUCUCCACAGCAGGAGUUGUAAUAGUGGCUGUAGGUUGAACAUAGAGUAUAAUGUUACAUGCAUAAGAACACUCGUAUAAAACUGGGUUUUGUGCAUACUUUGCUUUGGAGGUGAGUCCUGCUAACCUCCCCCAUUUGGGCAGAACAAUGGCACAGCCUUUCAUAAGUAGGGAGAUGGCUUAAGGCAUUAUUCCUCUGUAUUGGGGAUCCUUAAAUGCCUACACUCGUGAGACCCAUGGCCAUCUGGUAGGCAAGACACCUGCCUUGCAUCCUUGUGCGAAAGGAGUUGUGGUUGAGAAGCUGGAUAACCUUUUAGGUUAUUUUUGCCUGAAACACAAGCAGCACAGGUACGGUAAUCAGCCAGAAGACUACCUGGAACGCCACCUUGAGCACGUCCUGAGAGAACAUGACUGGCUGGUGUGUAAAUGCCAUGCUGCUAGUCCGUGUGACCAUUUCCUUUCACCUCACCCUGGGUCAUUAAUUUCUGGAGUAUGACUUCCCAAUCGUCUCGUAACUUCUACUCAAGUACCUUUUCUUCUUUCAAGGAGUAAUUUCUUUAGAAUACCUCGAGGGAAUACAACACAGGAGCUUUCAUUCUGGACUAUCCACAUUUGCUACCUUAAAUGAGUAACUGAAAUGCAGUUGGAAUGGUGUAGAAAGAGAGGAAAUUUGAACUAUUCAGUAAUCUGCUCUUUUGCAUUGUUGCCUCCAUUGCUGCACUUGCAGCUGUGCUUCCAUGGAAAGAAAAAAAUUACUUUAUUUGCUGAGUUACCUAUCUGGUGAACAUGCCAAAUUCAAUUCCCAAAUGAUCUUGCCAAGAGGUCCAAGAUUUUUUUUUAUUGAACGGAAAGAUUAGUGAAGGGUUAUUUUAAAGGUAAUAUGAAAUAAUCUGUGUAACAAGUUUCCGUCCGUCCAUAGUAGGUGGCGUUCUUCAGUGUUAUUUUGCCAAAUGCCCUUGCAGCAAUGGUGACUCAUUACAUGCUAUGUGAAUCAGAAACUCCUCCAGGGGCCCCGAUUCACCGAUUCGGCUGAAUAACAUUUGGAGUUUACCGUGUGAUAUGGACAUUGGAUACAACCUCCUCAAGAUGAACUGUUGGGAACACCGCAAAUAAUAUCGACGCACUCCUUGAGCAAAGUGUUCACUGAGUUACAUAAUUCUGAACUUUCCCUACUGCCUUGUUCUUAUUUGAGAGCAGUGAGGUUAGUUUUAAUAAGGAAGGCAGCUGGCAAGUUUACCUUCCUGUGUGAUCCGGGGAGAUGUUUUAUGCAGAAGUUACCAUUAGCCUUAUGAUGACGUGGAGUUGCUUGGCUCCACCUACCCUCGCUGCUGCUUUAUCGGAGUGUAAGCUUCUGAUAGUUUGCAUGUCUCUGCAGAAGAAGAUUCUCCCCUCGUUUCUAGUAGUUGCUUGUUUGUGACUGCUGCGACUAUGCUUCCACUGUUCUCAACGGUGUGUGAAUCGAGGUGUUCGGACUAUUCCGAAGUUCAGUAGAACCUCGUUAA